UGACGAUUGAGCUACACUCUCAGUGGACUGAGUACUUUAACAGUUCUACAAAAGCCAGCGAGAUUAAACCACCUGUGCUGGGUUCACGGAAGGAUGCACUCUAAACUGGCUUUAGGGCUAAAUAUUCUUGUGGUCCUCGUGUUCUGUGUGCUCGUUAAUCUCUGCUUUACAGGAGCGCAGAAUACGACAAGUUGCCAUAGCAACAAGGACUGCUCAUCGGAUCUGAAAUGUUCUCGUCGUUGUGAGCGUUGCUCGGGCCGCUGCACCCAGUGCAUCGAGGAGAACAAUUUUUGCAGGCGCAGUUCGGACUGUUGCACCGGAACAGUUUGCCACAGGAGAGGAUUUUGUCAACGCUGCAGUCAAAGGCGUGAACGUUGCGAAGUCGAUCGGGACUGCUGUAGUCGGCGAUGCAGGCGUCACAGAUGUCGUUGAAUUGUGCUUCAGUUUAUCAUGUAAUGAGUAGCAGAAAUAUACUGGACAACAUU